UGUUAAGCGGACUUAUACUACAAUGGCGGAUUGUGGUAACACUGGCUGUACUCUCGAUUUGGAAUGGGUAUUAAGUACUCAGGUAAACUUGCCCGCAGUAAAGAAGCGAGCAGCUGAACUUGGAACACGCCGAACUGUUAAGAAACAGUGGCAGGCAGCAUGGCUGCUGCGGACAGUGACAUGUAUAGACCUUACAACUCUGUCUGGAGAUGACACUCCUGCCAAUGUGCAGAGGUUGUGUCACAAAGCAGCACAUCCCGUGAGAGAGGAUCUGCUCAAGGCAAUGAACAUGCAAGAUAAAGGUAUAACAGUAGGUGCUGUUUGUGUCUACUCUGCACGUGUAGCUGACUGCGUAAAAUAUCUGAAAGAAGCUGGAAAUCCCAACAUAGCAAUAGCAUCAGUUGCCACUGGAUUUCCAACUGGACAGACGCACCUGAAAUCACGCUUAGAGGAGAUCCACCAGGCAGUGGCAGAUGGUGCCACUGAGAUAGAUAUUGUGAUCAACAGGAAUUAUGCUCUGACUGGAAACUGGCAAGGCGUGUAUGAUGAAGUGAAAUUGAUGAAGCAAGCAUGUGGAGGUGCUCAUAUGAAGGCGAUCUUGGCAACGGGGGAACUCGGAUCCCUGACCAACGUUUACAGAGCCAGCAUCACUGCCAUGAUGGCUGGUGCUGAUUUCAUCAAGACCUCUACUGGAAAGGAAGAAGUGAAUGCUAUUCUCCCAGUUGGUCUUGUCAUGGUUAGAGCAAUUCGAGAAUACUACCACAAGACUGGAAUUAAGAUCGGGUUCAAGCCAGCAGGGGGCGUGCGCACCGCAAAAGACUCGCUCACGUGGCUGAUUCUUAUGAAGGAGGAGUUGGGCGAUGACUGGCUCAACCCGCGUCUGUUUCGCAUCGGCGCCAGCAGCCUUCUCAUCGAUGUCGAACGACAGCUGUACCACUGGACCUAUGGCAGAUACGCCGCAGACCACGAAUUCCCGAUGGCUUAGGCCAUGUGCCGCGCAUGCUGAGACAACGGGUUGCGCGCAGGCAGGAGGUGGCUGGAAACAACUGCUGUUCUUACGUUUCACUUUACACACUUUCCCGCUUUGCAGAGUAGCAAUCUCGCCAUGUCGACCUUGUUGCUCAGUUGUUGUAAGCUAUAUUAAUAUUAAUAUAUAUAUAUAUAUUAAUAUUUAUAUUGUUGUAAGUUGUUGUAAGUUGUUGUUGCAGUUGUUGUAUGUGGGGCAUAGUCAUCUCUUAUGAGUUGAACGCCUUUGUUGGCAUUAUAAAUCAAUAUCUAUUACCUGCCCGUUCUAGACACUGAAAUAGGUGGAACUAUGUGGUGGAUCUUUUUUCAGCAGUUCAAGAUCUGAGUCGAGGUAUAUCUUGAAUAGGGAAUAGCCAGUCUUUUAAGUCAGUGAAUUAUGUACAAUUUAUUAGAUUGCUGCUUUUGAUAUGUCACUCAAAAAAGUUUAUUGAGCAAUUUGAUUAUGGACUAUAGAGGCAAUAUUAGAAAAGGUAUAAAGAAAAGAAUAGGUAAUGGUACGGUAAUAUACAGAGAAAAGUCCUUCCUGUACUGUAUGCUACAAAUUAAGCACGCCCACUGUUUUCUGCUUAUAUAUAACUAUGCUCGUCAUCGAUACUCAGGGUUGAGACUGUGGUGAGAGUUAGAACAGGAAGCUUGUGACGCUUUAUGGGCGAGAGCUGGCUUUAACAUUGAGCUUCUGGUCACCUUAAAGACAAUUCAGAUAUAGCAUAAAUCUAGUUGCUAUCGAAGAACUUCGUGUGAGUGCGAUUAGUCUGCUAACAGUUGCCAACAAAAUGGGCAUCUAUUUAAUGUUUGGACUUCUGGACAUCACGAUUUUGCUUUUGUUGCGCAACAUUACUGUCCCCCUCACGUUCUAUGGUUUAAGCUAACUGAUAUCGAAUGCUGUGUGGCAAUUUUCACAGAGUCGCAGUAGUCCUGCAAGACUAACACCAUGAAAUUAUUUGUUCUUGCGUGAUAUGCUUCAUGUUUUGCCUGGUGGUUAGUGAGCUACAAGCUGUAGAGAGACAGUAACUACCAGUUAUGUCUUUACAACUACAACUCACAUGUUCCUAUUCAUAUUCAUAGCAAUAACACAACUACUGGAAAUAUUAGAUAUAUAGCCCUCGUAUGUUUGAUGUUACGGAUCAGCAAAAUUGUGAAACCUUGGUCAGUUUUAGAGCGUGAAUGGUAAAUUUUAUUGUGUUGCAAUAAAUGCAGAACUAUGCUGUUUAGGAAAAAUAGGCUUGCAUAUGGAAAUAGUAGAAAAGUAUUUUUGAGAAGCUUUGGCCGAUAGGACAUCCUGAAAUGAGUAUAUUUUCCUGAUUUUGCAGUGGCUUAUAUCUCCUUUUAUCCGUUUCUGCUAAUAUAAUUAUACCAAGUUAAGGACCAAAUAUAUUAUCUAUAGUAUCGAUUGUUAGAUAUGGACCUACGUACAGUUAGUAAUAUUAACCAAUUAUAUUGGCAUGCAUAUAAUUAUUACGCAUGCACUUAGAUAGUUGUUUCAUAGCCCGGUGAAUUUAAGCUAUAAAAUUACACUGUACUAAACGAUGGUUCCAGUAUACAGUAUGUGAAUGGUAUUAAAAUCUUUGCCAAAAUUAAAAUGUUAUUAAUAACCCAAUUAAAAAUUAUUAAAUUUGAUUUACGUGUGACAUAUGAUACACGAUAAAAAAAGGAAAA